AUGGAAGGUCUCUACUUUAACAGCAGCUCACAGAACCAAAGCUACGAUUAUAGCAGCACCACCUCCAACCAGCAGGAUUACAGGAACUGGUCAUUCAUCCUGUAUGUGGUGACAUACACAAUCAGUGCUAUCGGCCUCCCGUUGACCCUCGUGGCCAUCUAUGCUCUUUAUUCUAUGGUGAGAAGAGAUCAUGUUGCUCCCAUCUACGUCAUCAACCUUCUCAUUACCGACCUGAUUCAGCUCUGCUUCAUGAUCGUUCAGGUGGUACCAAAUGUGGAUUGGACGAUAUAUCUCAUCUUCGUAUAUAUUUACUUCUCUGCUCUGAUUGCCAGUGUUGGCUUCAUGGUCUGCAUCGCCCUGGAAAGGUAUUUGGUCAUCGCCCACCCACUGUGGUACCGCUUCAGACGAACCAUCAAGACCUCUGUGGUGGUCUGUGUCCUGGUCUGGGUCCUUUCUCCUGUCUGUGUUGUCCUUUUCUUUAAUCUGGUCCAAGCAAUAAUCUACUUUGUCCUCCUCCUUCCCUUCCCACUGUUAAUCUUCUUCCUGGUUGGGACCAUCAAAGCCCUGUCUGCUUCCAUCUCGGUCCACUCUGAUGAAAAACGACGAAUUGUGGGAGUUUUGGUUCUGGUGCUGCUUAUUUACACCGUGCUGUUCCUGCCCUUCAUGAUUUGGUUCUUGAAAGUAUACACUGACAUUAACCAAUUGGUAGAAUUUAGACUCAACCUUCUGUCCCACAUGUUUCUUAGGUUCAGUCCUCUUGCAGACUUGUUCCUGUAUGUCUUCAUGAGGAAAGGGUUCAUAGACAAGCUUUUGGCCUCUGUGUGUUGCUGCAGAAUGGACAGCAAUGAUAACAAUUUACAGGAAAUUAUAGUUUCUGGUACUAUGUCGAAGUCCUCAGCAGCGUGGAACGGGCUCGAUGCCACAGACGGAUAUGAGCCUGGACUGAGGGGACUGCAAUGUCCUUCUCCUGGGAAUGAAACAGAGGAGGCUGAUAUCCGUAAAUACACUGGAAGGGCUCUACAGCGCUCUCCACCUGACGGGAAACAGACACGGGUGUGGCAGAAACAAACAGCUAGCAUGACAGGUAGCGCUUCAGCUAAUGAUCCUUGA